AUGGCACAGGUUGUACGAGUUGCCGUGGUCGUCCGAGAUGAAGUCCACGAGCGAGUUUUUGUGCUGUGCUCCCGGGUUCUUGCCCAGGAAUUCUUUGACAGAGUCCCACAGGGUCGGGAUCGUGGCGUGGAACUCGUAGAUCGAAAUCGUGAACCCGUACACCUUGUUGUGCUGCCUGAGCACAGAAAAUGGGUCGUAAUCAACGUCGCAGUAGAAAUCCACGUCCGGCUCCACUCGCCAGUAAUACCUGUACUUCUGCAAGAGCGGGUGUCGGUAGAAGAAUCCAGAGUUAUAUCGACACAUGUGGCGAUAACUCUCAGAGUCUGCGUAGAUAAUGCCCAUGUCGGCCAUCUUGUUCCGCUCCUCUCUGGCCUUGUCCUGGUCGAUGAAGUCCGGGUACGACCAGUGUUCUGCUGGGAUCAGUCCGAAUUUGGCCUCUCCAGAAACCAUCUUGGAAACUUUGUCUUUAAACUCGUCAGAAAACGGUUCAUUGUUGAGAAACACCCAGUCAUAAUGGAAGUUGCGAUUGAACCGGUCCUCCAGGUUCUGGAUCGACCGCACAAUGCCGCCCAGGUCCUCGUUACGACAAAGACUCAUGAUCGUGGCGUUUUCCUUUGGCACUUUUUCGGUAGCCAAAUUGAUCACCCUGUACGUCUCUUCCUGGAUAACGGGUCUACUGUACUCGGCCCGCUUGAGAUAGUACAGGUUGCCCAGUGCCAGCAGCGCAGCAAACGCAACAAACAGCCGGACAACCCAAACAGAGUUCAGCCGCAAUCGCUGGCGAACGCUCUUUAUCAUCAUUUGGAUAAAGAAAAUAAACUAUUCUUUGCCUAA